AUGGUAACUCAAUUAUCACCAGAAUUAUUAGGAAAUGUCUUCGAACAAGUCGAUAACGAUAUUGCAACUCUAUGGUCCAUGUCAUUAGUAAAUCGUUUUUGGUGUAGAGUUGGAAUUCCUAUAUUGUGGCGAACACCUUUUAGAAUGAAUGUGCGUUAUUUAUGGCGUCAGUCAUAUUACAACAACUUUGCACCAAGGCUUCAUAACAUUGUUCCUAUUCUCAUGUCAUUUCUCGAUUCUGAAUCAAGACUGUUUUUAAAGGACAAAGAUAUAUUCAUUGCUUCUGAGCCAUCAUCUAAUUUCAAUUACGUAUCAUUUUUAAGAGAAUUAGACAUUCAUGUCUUACAUGAAAUUGUUGAUGAAUGGCUUGAUCAAUUUGGUGUUAAUACAAUUAGUGACUAUACAAAUGAUCGUGAAAAUCCAGUUAUCAUAAACGGACAUCACUAUAAGAAAAAUAGAACGAUAUAUUUAGUUAUUGAAAUAUGCAAGCUCAUAUUAAGAUGUUCCAACAAAAUCACUAGCCUUUUUAUAAGCAAUGAUAUUUUUAAAGGUGACCUCAUUAUACCAUAUUGCACUUUCCUAAAGAAUCUGGCAUCGUUUCAUGGUGCUACUAAAUCUUUAUCACAUCUGGAAACUCUGAAUAUUCGAGGACCAUACAUAGAUGAUGACUUACUAUUUAAUCUCUCAAAAAUUUGUCACAAUGUUUUAACUCUUGAUCUUAAUGUUAUGAAUGGAUAUUUUAAAUCCAAUUUUGCAACAAAUUGUCUUCCAAAGUUCAUCAAAAAUCAACUUAAUUUGCAAAAAAUUUGCUUAAGUUGUUUCUAUAAAGACAUAUCACCUAUCAUCGAAGCAUUGCAAACGCAAAUUCAUUCCCUCACUGAUAUUCAGUUUACAUCUUGUAGAUUUUCUCAAAGUUCAUUGAUGGAGUCUCUUAUGACAAAAUGCUCUAAAUUAAGAUCCAUCACACUUAAGUCACAUUUGAAUGAACUUAAAGAUAUGAAAUUAAUGUUACAACCACUGGUCAAUUGUAAUUUGACCAUGCUACAACAUCUUUCACUCGAUGUGUGGAGUUAUGAGGAUAGUCGGUUCGAAACUGUCGCGAGUUAUUUGCAAAAAGUACUUGAAUGUCAUGGCAAAUUCUUAAAUCAAUUAAGACUUCGAUUCAAUUAUAGCAAAAACCCUAAUAUUCUGAAUGAAAUAGGACAAUACUGCCUAAAUUUGAGUACCCUUAUUUUUCCUUUCCAUAGACGAGAAGACCUUGAACAUCUACUUCAUCUUUUACCAAAGUUGAAACAUUUAAAGGAAUUGAUUAUUGAAGCUUGGAACAGAGUAUAUUGUGCUGAUGAGUUCUUUCCACAUGUUGGCGAUCUCAUUCUUCAAACAACACCUCGUAAUUUUGAAAUGCAUUGGAUAAUAAAUCAUGAGAUCAUUGAAAACUUUUUGAAAAAAUGCAAUAAUCUAUCAGAUCAUAUAAAAUCCUUUACAUAUUAUUGUAAAGACGAUCCAGAACUUCAUUAUCGUAUUUUUCGCGCAUAUGGAAACAUGCUCGAAAAAAAAGGACUCAUUCGAGACUCAUCGAUCAAGAUUUUAACCCAAUAUUUCUCUUCAAAUAUGCAACGAGAAUUGAGUUAUCAUAUCAUUAUUUUUAGAGUUAUUUGA